ACCAGCCAACAUGAAAAAGAAGCGGCCGCUGCACGACGCAGAAGACAGGUUUUUGUCCUUUUAAAUUGAGGAGCGACGUGACCCUCAGCACAGUCCCAAGCUCACAGCCGCCAGACCUUCCACCUUGUCAAUCAUGAACACGUGCAUUCUCCUCGUGGUGGCCGUUGCCGCCUGCCUUGUGCCCUCAGCAAUGUCCGCCUGCAACUCCAGGCAGCUUGACAACCUGGAAAAGCAGCUGACAAUUUGUGGCAGGAAUCUUCCGGUCCAGCAAUACGGCGGCUCCUGGCAGUGGUCUCGCAGCGUCACAAGCACCAUGAAAAAGGAGUCAACUUGCAAUUUGAACAACGCCCCAGACCACUUCCAGGCCGCCUUGGAGAACAGCAACAUCGGCAAGGCUAGCGUGGACCGCGCUGUGACCUGCAUCAAAAACGCCAUUCGCUACAGCGUUUGCUGUUGAGAGAAUCGGAGACGGUUGCCGAGGAAUAAAG